AUGGCACAGUUUUGGACUGUCAUAUAUUUGUCCUUGACGUUUAUCUCGUGGGCAGCAUUAGAACAGAUCGUGAUGGUGCAGAAACCAGAUUGUAGUUCAUGCAGGUGGACUUGGAUGCGUUACGAAGUUAAAUGCCGUUCAUGCCCAAUUGUCGGGGUAAGUGUAUAAAGCAUUUAUUUUUCCUGUCUCAGCCCACGCUUCGAAAGGGUUUGGGGAUAUGAAAGAAGGGAAAAGGAAGGGGGCCGGGGAGGCUAAGGAUCACCUUAGUUUUACGAACUGAUAAACAGUGAUAAUACACAGUAAUUAACACUUUCAUUCAACGUCUGAUUUCUAGCUCGAAUUUCCUCCUCUAGAGUCACCCAUGCCCAUACCGUGGUGUUCUCAAGUUGUACAUUCGUCUCCACUGUUAGACCUCCUUACCCAAUCUCUCGAUACGAUGAUAACUUUUUAAACAGUUUCGUAAUCUAGCUUUAUAGGCAAUAUAUAAGCUGGAAACGAAAUUCAACAUCUUUUUCAAGAAUGUUAAACUUUUCGGACAUGUGUUUUUUUUUUUUUUUUUGCUUGUUUUCGUUGUUGUUGUUGUUGUGGUUGUUUUGCGUUUACUUACAGUAAAAAUUAGACAUGAACGAAAGAGUUCCGCUUGCCAUAGACCUUACUUUUGAUAUAACUAUUCCAUUUUCUAUGAUAGAAACGGAUUGUCGUAAAAAUAGGGUGUUAUUAACGUUUUCUUCAAACGCCUUAGUAUGCACGGUUAUGCCUUUCCUUUCAUUUAUACACCACAUAGAAAUCACGCCUAACUACAUGAUAUUGGACGCUCUUUCAGUUCUUAACAGCAUAAGAAAAAAGCUGACAUUUCGUGACGCCACCAUUAGUUUACCUGCAAAAUGACGUCUGAUAAACGAGCACAGAAAAUGCAUACCGAUGACCCGUCACUACGCAGAACUGGAUAAUCCUUUUGAUUGGUCGUGCUGGGUGGGAAAUUUGCUUCAACCAAUUCGAAGCACGAUCUACAUCUGGUUAGGGACGCGUCACCAUUUUUCAAUUUCUGCGCUCGUUACUCAGACGUCAUUUCGCGUGGACACCAGUACUUUUUGCCAGCACUUUAAUGUAGUUUUCUAUCUUUCUUUUUCUCCCUUCUUGUCUGUUUUAGUGGGACCACCCAACCGUACCUGGAGAUAUGACUGCACUAUCAAAGUAUACUGUGUGUAAUAUUCUAAAACCUGAUGGUUCUUUGUAUUACAAAUCUCCAUUUGAACCAAAUAAUUGGCUACUUAGCGAUCUCAUUCAAGUAAGAGAAGUUAACAGAGUAGACGUCACUGUCAAGUACUCUAUAACUCCGUGUCCUCCGCUUGCACUGUAUUGUAAAGAGUACUUUGAUGCUUAUGUAUGGGAAUCCGACUCAAUUGUCGAACGUGACAAAAUACCGCACCCCAUAAACAUCAACGGUUCGUACAGAAGAUUCGCUUCAUUCAACCGUCAGUCCAGUGGUUUUACGGUUGUGACAGUGCCACUUGUCUUGUCAAGAAGAUACUUUGUGCUUGGAUUUCGGGAUCAAGGUGGCUGUAGAACAUUAAGUUCCGUUACGGUCACCUACAAUGUUUGCCCUCGAACAACGCUCAGUAGAACCUUGGUCUCUGUGCCGCGAACUUUAGCACCAUCAAAUGACCGUGAAUCGAUUUCAGUUUUAGGAGAAUGUGCUGCCAACUCUGUACUAGUUUCGAACAGUUUGAAUGUUCUUUGUGAGAGCAGUGGUGAAUGGAAUAUCACUCGUCUUGGAGGGGGGUGCGUUUGCAAGGAGGACAUGGAAAACAUUGAAGGC